CAUUGCCAUCGAUUUUUCAGACUAUCCACCAAUCAAAUUCUGGUAAAGCACCAGCUGGUCUUGCACCUGGACCACCCAAUAGCUUCUCGUAUUCACGAAUAUCAAAAACCCUCCCAAGUAAGAUCUGGGUUUCCGAAUCCAACUUCCAGUUUCUCUCUCUAAAAAUUGCAGAUUCAAGCGGGUAAUCGAAUACCUUGAUUACUCUCUUUUCUUUCAACUUCUUUUCAGAUCAGAUGUGCUUGUUAUAUUCAAAUCAAUGGUUUUGAUUCUGGAACCAUUAGGUUACCAUUUUUUUUAGGGUCUCAAUUCGCUUCUUGAUUCUUAAAUCUUGUGGCAAACUAUCUGGGUUUGCCAUUACAAGCUUUGAAUCGUUUUUUUUAUCGCCCAAUUAAUUAUCCGUUCUGGGUACUUUGAAUUUGAUUCAAAAUCGUGUUGGAAAGGCAUGAACAGUCAAGUUUGGAGAUGGGUUUUAGGGUUGAUGUAUAUUAUUGCUGUUGCAAUCAUAUGGAUUGCUGCUAGUUUUGUUGUACAAUCAGUUGUAGAUGCAGGUGUUUCUCCGUUUCUGAUAACCUACAUUUGCAAUUCAUUGUUUGUGGUUUACAUUCCCAUAGUUGAAAUUGGUCGCUUUUUGGAGGAUAGAUAUGGAAGUAUAUUCUUUUGGAGAAAUAGAAAAGAUUGUAGUUUGCAAGAAUUGGGAGAAUCAGAAGUGGUAGUGCUUCUUCACCAGAGUGAUACAGGUGUUCAAGUUCAAUCUGGUGUGGUUUUGGAACAACAAGAAUUGAAAUACCAUGAACAAGGUAUUGUUAUGGAACCAGAGAGUCAUGCUUGCAAACCUACUUUUGGCGAAGAUGGUAAUAAGGAUUUGGAUUCAAAAGGGCGUUGGACACGCAGCAGAGUGGCAAAGGUCAGCUUGCUGAUAUGCCCAUUUUGGUUUCUAGCACAACUCACCUUCAAUUUCUCCCUGAAAUAUACUACAGUUACGUCAAAUACCAUCUUAAGCAGUGCUUCCAGCCUUUUCACCUUUGUGGUCGCUCUUGCAUUUUUGGGCGAGAAGUUCACUUGGGUUAAGCUGAUUAGUGUUCUUCUUUGCAUGGGAGGAACCAUAAUUGUCAGCUUGGGUGACUCUGAAACCGGGUUAAGUGCAAUUGCUUCAAAUCCUGCGCUUGGAGACAUUCUUGCUCUUGUGUCAGCAGCCUUGUAUGCUGCGUAUAUAACCCUUAUUCGUAAAAAGCUACCAGAUGAUGAGGAGGGGAAAAGUGGCCAAGUCAGUAUGGCACAGUUUCUUGGGUUCUUAGGUUUAUUCAACCUAUUGAUAUUCCUACCCGUUGUCCUCAUACUUAAUUUUACCAAGCUGGAAAGUUUUAGUAUGCUGACAUGGAAGCAAAUUGGUCUAAUUGUUGGUAAAGGCUUGUUGGAUAAUGUGCUAAGCGAUUACUUAUGGGCCAAGGCCGUUCUUCUGACGACCACCACGGUAGCAACAGCAGGACUUACCAUUCAGGUGCCUUUGGCAGCUGUGGUUGAUUCACUGACUGGGAAUGCACCCAAUCCCAUGGACUACAUUGGAGCCGCAGCUGUUAUGGUUGGCUUUGCAGGCAUUAACAUCCCUUCAGAUGCCUUUUCAAGAUCAAAGGAUGUCAGUUGCGAACUAAAAGAACAUGGAAAUGUCAGCUCAGCCUGAUUAAGAUCACCUUUUACUGGUAUAAAUUGCUCUAUGGGUGUGUUAUCUGGGUGAUUAUUCAGUAUUCUCGGAGUAUGGACACGUACUCCAUAAGGUUUUGAUUGGUGGAGAGACACAAGGGCUCACGAUUUAUGUUGGAGAUGAGGAGACAACAUGAGACUAAUUAAUUGAUGAUUGGUUUGGAGUAUGGACACGUGGUGCUCCGGGAGUAUUGAAUAAUUUCCCGUGUUACCUUUUGGUAUUUUAGUAAUUAGACUAGUAUUUUGUUUCAACUAUAUUUUAAUUUAUUUGGAAUUUAAGUUUGACAAAUAAAAAGGCAUUCAUCAGUUCCACUGAGUGAGGGUUUGACAAA